CCGCACCCACACAAACGCUCGCCCCAUCCCCAAGCGGCGGCGACACCAAAUCCCCUCUUCUCUCUCUCUCUCUUUGCUAGGGUUUAUCUCCACUCCGCCGCCACCGGAAGACGAGAGCGAGAGCGAGAGCGCCAUGGCGGGCGGACCCGCGGCUGUGUCGUUCCUGACCAACAUCGCCAAGGCGGCGGCUGGUAUCGGAGCGGCGGCCUCCCUCCUGUCUGCGUCGCUCUACACCGUCGACGGCGGCGAGCGCGCCGUCAUCUUCGACCGGUUCCGCGGGGUGCUGCCGGAGACCGUCGGCGAGGGGACCCACUUCCUCGUGCCGUGGCUCCAGAAGCCCUUCAUCUUCGACAUCCGCACGCGCCCGCACAACUUCUCCUCCAACUCCGGCACCAAGGACCUGCAGAUGGUCAACCUCACCCUCCGCCUCCUCUCCCGCCCCGACGUCGUGCACCUGCCCACCAUCUUCACCUCCCUCGGCCUCGAGUACGACGACAAGGUCCUCCCCUCCAUCGGCAACGAGGUGCUCAAGGCCGUCGUCGCGCAGUUCAACGCCGACCAGCUGCUCACGGACCGUCCCCACGUCUCCGCACUCGUCCGCGACGCGCUCAUCCGCCGCGCCCGCGAGUUCAACAUCAUCCUCGACGACGUCGCCAUCACCCACCUCUCCUACGGCAUCGAGUUCUCGCAGGCCGUCGAGAAGAAGCAGGUGGCGCAGCAGGAGGCCGAGCGCUCCAAGUUCCUCGUCGCCAAAGCUGAGCAAGAGAGGCGCGCUGCCAUCGUGCGUGCAGAGGGAGAAAGUGAGUCUGCGCGGCUCAUUUCUGAGGCCACCGCUGCUGCUGGGACAGGGCUGAUUGAGCUGAGGAGGAUCGAGGCGGCCAAGGAGAUCGCUGCCGAGCUAGCCCGUUCUCCUAAUGUUGCAUAUGUUCCUUCUGGGGACAAUGGCCGGAUGCUGCUCGGCCUCAAUGCUGCUGGGUUUGGCCGGUGAUCUGUUGCUCCAAUUUUACCCCUUUAGUUGCCCAAGCAUCCGCUCUGUGUUAUUGGAAACUGAAAUGAUGGUAUCGAGAACUAUGGUAUCAGCUACCUUUGUCGUAUUUAGUUUGGAUGUGUUGGAAUGAAAUGUGUUAAUCUUGCAAUCCAAAUAAGGUCUGGGUCUAGACUCAUUCAUGAUUUGUCUCUCUGGAUUAAGCGUUAUGGUGUUGUUCAAU